AUCGUUUUCUCCACGAUGCAAAGGUCGGCUGCGAGGGCAGGGGCAGCCUCGUCCGGGCUGGCUGCAGAGCAGGGGAGCGGUGGGGGCAGGCGAAGGGGCAGCCGGCAGUCAGAUGACCGGUCCCCACGUCACCUCUCAGGAACGUCCGUGGACCUCCACGUUGUGUUUACACGGAGUGAGGUCCAAAAGCCCAUCCCUGCAGAUGCGCCUUAUCGCCUGUGCUCCUCUACCUCCUGCCGGCUGCAUAUAAAGGGAGCUGCAGGCUGGCUCCCGGCAGGAGGGACGCGGGAGGUGACCGGGAGCCAGCGCGGCAGCACGCUGGCCUGGCAGACCAUGGCCCUGAAGGCUGUGCUUCUCCUCACCAUCCUGGCCACCUUAACAGUGUCACCGGCCAAGCUGGCAAGGAGCAGCUUCUGGGAGUACCUCAGCCAGCUGACAAGUGACAAGGACAGCCUCCCAGAGCCCAGCCAGAGCAGUAAGCUGGGCAGGGACAUCACAAACCUGAAGGAAAGCAUUCAGGAUGGGGUCAGCUACGUGGGAAAUUUCCUGGAGAAGCUGGUGCCCCUCAACAGAGGCCUCCAGCCCCGGCUCUACCAUGACUCAGACAGCCUGCGGAAACUCAUCAGGAAAGAGCUGGAGAGCCUAAGGGUGAAACUGUCGCCAUAUGUGGACGAAGUCCACCACAAGGUCGGCAAGCACCUGGAAGAUCUUCGCUACCGGCUGCAGCCGUUCACAGAGGAGCUCCUGGACCAAGUGUCCCUGAAAGCCCGGGAGCUCCGGCGGCACCUUAUGCCCAGCCGGGAGGUGACGGCUCAGCUCCUGGAGGGUGCGGAUGAAGUCCAGAGGUUCAUGGCUCAUUAUGCCGACAAGAUCACAUUCCACACAGACCAGGUGAAGGACAUUUUCCAGCCCUACGCUGACAGGCUGGUGACUGAGAUCCACCGCAAUGUGGAGGAGCUGCACAGGAACGUCGUCCCUCACACCCAGGCCAGCCCAGAGAAGCUCAACCAGUACAUCCAGGAGCUCUCCACAAAACUGACCCAGAAUGCGCGGGACCUCCACCAGAAGAUCCAGGGGAACCUGGAGCAGCUCAAGGUGAAGCUGAGCCGCUACCCCCGGCAGCCUGGAGAGCUGCCAUCCGCCCCGGAGCGCUACACGGAGGAGUUGGCCCGGGAGGUACAGCGACGGGUGGAGGAGUUCCGGAAGGCCACGUACCUCCAGAUCCAGGACUUCACCCGCGCCCUGGACCAGGAGACGGAGAAGAUGAGGCGGAAGCUCUCCUCCCGGCUCCCUUCCCUGGGGGACCACCAGGAAGGCCCGCCCGCCGUGGAGGACCUACAUGCCCGCCUCGACGCCCUCUGGAGAGACCUGGCGGACAGCCUGAGCGAGCGGGACGGCGAGGCCCCGUGACGGGCCGAGGAGGGAGGUCGGGGGAUCGGGGGGCCGGCUGGGUCGGGCUGAACCGCAAAUAAAGGCGCCGCCAUGACAGGCCGAGUCCCGCCGCCGCCUCACGUGACCGCGCCCUCCCACGUGACAGCGCAUCCCACGUGACCGCGCCCCCCCCCCCCACGUGACGGCGGCGCGCGGGCGGGGUGGCGGCGGCAACAUGUCGGCGCUGGGGGCUGUGCAGGCGGCGGCGGCGGGGGUCCCUGUUCCGGCCCCUCAGCGCCGAGGAUGGCGAGCAGCGGCCGGCGGA